AUGGUUGAGGACAGGAAACUCCUCAUCGGCAUCAUUGGAACAUCAGUAGUUGUCUAUAAUGGAGUUCGUUAUCUACUGAAUUAUGUUCGUGCUCGUCGUUCACCACUGAUCCCUAUUGGAAUUGUGGGUGCACUGUACGUCUACCCAGUGAAAUCCUGUAAAGGAAAUAGUGUAUUCUCAAUAUACUGCGAUGAGUGGGGACCAGUGUCGGGCGAAAUGCGUGAUCGACAGUUCGUUGUGAUAAAUGGUAGCACCGGACGGUAUGAUAUACAGCGUUCUUUGCUGCUUUAUUCGAUUUGUGAAUGGUAG